AUUGUCAAACAUAUUACAUAAAGUACCAGGCGAAUGAGCUCCCGUGCACCACGCCGCUGUGCAAAUUGGAACAAAAUGGCGGAAGUUUGUUUUGAACGUUUAAAAACAUCAAUAUUUUGAAAGAUUUUUAUACCGUAGUAAACAUGAAUACAAUCACGGCAGUGAAGCAAUAUGUUACCAAGAUGGUCGAGGACAGUGGUAGCGGAAUGAAGGUCUUGUUGUUGGACAAGGAAACAGUAUGUGUCCUGUUUUAUUUUACUCAUUUCAGUCACUUAACAAUGAAUGGGCCAUUCCAUUUAAAUUUAAUUUAAUACGUGCACCUUCCGUAUUGAGGGCCUGGGGGUCUGGAUAUCCAAUGAGGGAGGAGGGUGUCUUCAUCUUAAAUUUUCCUGAGGGGUAGCUUGAGAGAAUUAAAAAAAAUGGCAAAAAUUUAUAGGUGUUUUAGUGAUAUCCAGGGGGAGGGGGGGGGGACAAAUCCUAAAGCGGUUAGGGGCCACCCAGGGUGGAAAGUUUGUAUCGUGCAACCGAGAUAUCGGGCGUGCAAUUUUGAUGCUUUCUAUAUACUUACUAUUAGGAAUGUUUGGUAUGAGAAAUUUCCGGUAUACCGAAAAUGUUAUACCGAUAUUAUCGGUAUACCGGUUUUCCUUUGAUAGUUAUAAAGGAAAAUUCUUUAAUGGAAAUUUGAAGGAAAUUUUGAGUAAUUCUAAAAGGGAAAACGAUAAUGUCGAAGCUGUUUUGAACAUGUUUUGAACGACACGUACUCAGUGUAAAAUCUCACUGAAGUGGAAAUUCUAAAUCAUUGCAGUAGAAAGUUCUUUGAAUUGCCAUUCAGUAGUAAAAUAAAGGUUAUGUUUCGCCAUUUAGUUGGUAAAUUUAAUUAACACGGUAUACCGAAAAAUUCCGGUAUAUCGGAAAUUUUGGUAUAUCGGAAAUUUUGGUAUAUCGGUAUGGUUGAAUAUCCGAUAUCAGUAUGGUUGAAUAUCCGAUAUCGAUAUACCGAUAUUGAUUUAAUACCGAUAUUUUUGGUAUACCGAACAGUCCUACUUACUAUUAAGUUUUUUAAAUCUUGGUUGCACAGUUUCAAAACUUUCCAGUCAGGUGGGCCACGUUCAUAUUCGUGUUGCCAGAAAUAACAUUGAAUCGACGUUAAUAUGAGUGAGUGGGUGGGUUUUUAUGUGAACGUAUCGAUGUUAUCUCGUGGCAAUUUGACAAUUGAUGUCCAAAGUAACCAUCCCAUUACAGCUUUUGUAUUAUAAAUUUGAAAGUCAAAAUACGACUGAAUAUCGAUUGACGUUAUCUGGGGUGGGUGGUUGGGAUGGUGAAGUAAUAAUGUCGAUUCAACGUUAUUUGUAGCAACAUGAAUAUGGAUGUGGUCCCUUAAGAGUAAGAUAUUCUAAAGGAAGUGGCUAUUCGUACUGGAACAGUACGCCGAGUUUGAUUUGCUAUUCGUACUGCAGUCGGAAUAUUUAAGAUAAACAGACCCCAAACCCUUCUCUAACCCUGACCAAUAUUAAUAAAUAAUUUGAGAGUUAAAAAAAAAUCAGGAAAAAUUUUUUUAACUGGACCCGACCUCAUUUCGCUUUGCACACACACAAUGCCUUUGCCAAAUAUGCUACCGGCAAGCUUUCUGAAAGCUGUUCCAAAAAAACUAUAUUACUAAUUUAAGAAAUGUAAGAAUCGGUUGCCAUACUCCAGUACGAAUAGCCACUUCGUAUUCUAAAGGUUUAAUAGUCAUAAUAAAAGAUAUCCUAUGGGGUAACUUCCACAAAUUGCAUCCAAGGGGGUUCCGAAAAAAUGCCCCCCACUAUGUUUUGUGGUAUUGCAAUGUCAGCUUCAGUUGAUAGAAGUUUCAGAUUUUUAUACCAAAUAAAAAGGAAUAUCCUGUUGUUUUAAUCCAUUGAUAUAUGAAUUAUCAAAAUGACCAACUAUUUGCCUUCUACAUUCACUUAAGGUGGCAACACCAAUUUGUCCAAAAUGUUCAAUUUGUGCAAAUUAUAGAAAUUACUGUAGGUCAAAAGUAUUUCAGGGUUUUAAAAGGGGAUGUUCAAAGAGAACUGUCUACUCUUAAAGACCUGGUUUGUGGUCCCUAACAUUAAAGAUUUUGUUUGAUAUAAAAAAAAUUAAAAUUAGCCUUUAGGAAGCUUAGGCAGAAAAGAAAUGAAAAUGCCCUCAAAUUUCUGGUUUGUGGAUGGAAUCCUGGAUAAAGAGUUAUACGAAUAAGGACAAAAAAUUAUUGUUAUGAACAGUAUUGAAUUUUUUAGAUGUAGCUUUCAAAUGAUGAACUUGGUCAAAAGUAACUAUAGUAAUUUGAAUUCUCUAAUUAUAUAAAAAGGGGCUUCAGCCAAACAGAUUAUGCAUCUGGGAUUGUAAUAAUUUGCUGACAUUGAUGUAUCCGUGUUCCUAAUCUUAAUAUAAUUUAUUUAAUUUAGACUGGCAUUGUUAGUAUGGUUUAUUCCCAGAGUGAAAUUCUUCAAAAAGAAGUUUAUCUCUUUGAAAGAAUUGAUGUUCCCAGCCGAGAAACCAUGAAACAUCUCAAAGCCAUAACGUUUCUACGACCCACAAAGGUAUGUACUCAGGUUCCAGAGGCUCUUAAUUACCCAUUGAGUGACAGCACUCUCCCCCUGAUGAAUAAAAUUGUCUGGCAUUAGACAGAGUAAAAUAAUAAAGUAGGGUGCAUCUGGGCACAUUGCCACUUAAAGGGUUAAAAAGUGAGAAACAGCAAGGUAAAGUAAACUCUAAAACUGAAGAGCUCGAGGUCAAAUGACUCAAAUCAAUUGUACUUCAUACAUAGAUGGUCAGGUUUCAUCAGAAAAUGUUGAACUAGUGCUGUGAUUUUGACAAAGAGCAAUUUUGUUUGGAUAUUACUGAGUUUGAGACAGUUCUCUCCAGUUUUUAAAAUUUUUUUUGGUUUUGCCUCAGAGGACAACGUCGGUUGAAUCAGUGUUAAAAAAAUAUUGUUUUUCCCCCGCUUAUCGAUCAUUAACCGCCUCAUCCUAGAACCUUGCAAUAUUGUUUAGCAAUUAUAUUGAAUAUAAUGCAGUUAUACAAUAUGGCUAUUUUUUCCAUCUUUUUUUCAGGAAAAUAUUGAGCAUCUAAUUAAAGAACUCAAAUCUCCAAAAUAUGGAAAUUAUUACAUUUGUAAGUGGCCUAAUGAGAUGUCGCUCAAUAUUGUCAUCUAGUCGAGCCACUAUCACAAAGAUGAUGGUCGAUGUUUACUUGGCUUUUGUUUGUUUCUUUAGAUUUUUCAAACACUGUAAAACAAUCUGACAUUAAGGGAAUGGCUGAAGCAGAUGAUCAUGAGACAGUCAAGGAAUUACAGGUUUUCAGACAACUACUUUUAAAAGAAUAUUAAAACGAGAAAUUCUGGAGCACCUACUGUACAGUAUAUGGAAAAUGGGCUCCCAAAUUUAAGUUUAAUAAAUAAAUGCCUUAUUAUCAUUAAUGUCAAUGUGAGCUUGCCUACUGUAUCUUUGACUCUUUUCAGGAAUAUUAUGCUGAUUAUUUUGCUGUCAGUCCUCAUGUUGUGUCUUUAAAUCUCCCAUCCUGUGCAAGAGCUGGGGUAAGUUUGAGCUCAGUAAAAUAAUAUACAGUGUGCCCGAUACUGAUUAUCUGUCAAGGCCUAGAAAAGAAAUACUGUACCUGUGGUUCCAGUUUUAUAUUGUGAAAAAAUUAGGGUAAGUAGGUCGGGAAAAUAAAUAUUUUUUCAUGGUUUUAGGGUGUUUUUUUUCCAGUUUUUUGCUGGGCGAUUUUCAGUACAGGGUCUAGACAGGGUGGGGGGAGGGGGUCUGAAAAUCAGUAAAUGGUAAACAUUUUGGUAUUUUAAUGGUAAAAUUUUGGUAUUAUAAUGGUAGAUCUUUGAAAAACAUUCUGAAACUAUAAACAGUAUUUUUUUUCCCUCAUGCUUCACAGUAAAAUUUUAUUGUUUUCACGACUGAGGUAACCAAAAUUGAGUGAAUCAUGACUCACAAUAUACCCCAUCAACACCCUCUCAGUAGAGUCCCGACAUCAAUAUCAACUAGAGAUACGUAUUUUCUAUGGACGAAUUUUGACACGCUGUAUGCUGACGCCAUUUUGACACGCUGUAUGCUGAGAAAAUAGGGUCGCACAGUCAAUCGCGUUGAAAAAAUAAUAGGAUUGGCAGAAAAAAUCGGGAAACCGUAACCACAGGUGUUUUUUUUUAGGCCCCGAAUCACUAUAUAGGGGUGCUUUGGAGCACAAUAUACUGUUUCUUAAUGGUCCUUAAUGGGUUGAAUGCAGUAGUGAUUUAGUUAGUGUAAAUGCAAGACUGUGUUUUCAUCUGUUGAAUGAAUGAAAUUUCUUCAAAUAGGGUUCAGCGUGGGACAUAAAGGCAUUUGACCGCACAACUGAUGGACUGUGUGCAAUGUUAUUAUCCUUACGCAAAUCUCCACUUAUUCGAUAUCAUGGUUUCUCAGAUAUGGCCAGAAGACUUGCUGGAAAUAUUAGGGUAAUACACAUGCACAUUAGGGUUAUAGCAGUACAGCUUGUGAAUGUACAUGUAGCAUAAUAUUUUGCAAUAAGCUGCAUUGGUUGUGUUACUUUGAACUACCGUCAAGUGUUGCUGUCUUUUAAAUGGUCGCAUUUGUUGGUUUUUAGCUUGCUAUUGACAAGAAUGCAACAAUGUUUGAUUUUCGUCGGCAAGAUAUUCCUCCAUUGUUGUUGAUUCUUGAUCGCCGUGAUGACCCAGUCACACCUUUACUUAAUCAGGUAUGAAAGACUUUGAAUUGUCUUGAACCGAACUACCCUGUACUGUAACCUUCACAGGAUAAAUCUGUCCUUCACCCUGUUCCCGCCCUCCAUGGAGAACAUGUGUGAUGAUAAUUAAUGUUUGAUGGAGUCAACUUGAAACUAAAUUAACACUUUUAAUUUAUGCCGUGGUUAUUGCUUCGAUCGACACCGAAACUUUAAGGUGUAUGGCUAUAGAUCCAACAAAAGUGUUUCCUCGUUCUUUAAACAUGCUAAAAUGAUACCAAGUAGAUAUCAGUUACAGGGUUCGUAGCGGUCUUUGAAAUCCUUGAAAGUCUUUAAAUUUGAAUGCAGGUCUUUAAGGUCUUUGAAAAGUCUUUGAAUUGUGUAAAAAAGCGAAGAAAGUCUUUAAAAUUCUUUAGUGGGUGUUUGAUUAUACGAUUUCCUAGCUAAUAAAAUAGAUUGAUUGAAGCAAGAUUUUCGCAAAUAUCGACGAAAAGGCACAUUUUAGGAUGUGAUUUGACGGGACUAAUUACUGGGUAAAAAUGUUGCUUACACUUGCAAUUUUUGGACAGCUGAUUGCUCUCAAAGGUCUUUGAAAAGUCUUUGAAAAUAGGCGGAAAAAAUCUUUGAAAGUCUUUAAAUAUUUUUGGUCUUGGAGACUACGAACCCUGAGUUAAUUUCAAGCAAUUUCUCCAUAGUACAUGUAGAGUGUUUAAGGCAUUUGCCUCACAUGUGCUAUCGCCCGGAUCGAAUCCGGGAGUGAAAUUUUAAGUGUAUGUGUAAGAGUUCUACCUACAAACAAGUGGCCAGAAUGCUUAGGAUAAGAACCAGUUAGAGUUAGAGUAGGGGUGAGAGUGCGGGAUAGGUUCAUAACAAAUUUAUUAUCCAUAAAAAACAGAAUAUUGUAUGUACGCAAACGUAAUACCACAUAUGUCGGAUCUAUAGCCAUAGAACUUACAGUAAAGUUCUGGUGUCGGAUCAAUAAUCACACUGUUUAAUUUAUACUGGAUAAGCAAACUGUUGUCUCUAGAAACGCAGUAAGAGUCAUUCCCUAUAAUUGGUGUGCUAACCACUUAAAAAGGAGUACGUACAGUACCACGAGAAUAGAACCAGCAUUGGUUGGCUGGAAGCACUCUCUCACACAAAACUCAUGAGAACGUAUCACAUUGCAACUGAAUUUUGCAGGAAUAGAAAUAUCAUAUGAUGUGCUGACGACUUAAUUUAUCUUUUUCUGACCAGUGGACAUACCAAGCCAUGGUUCAUGAGCUGCUUGGUAUAAACAACAACAGAAUUGACUUGUCAAAAGUUCCAGGCAUCAGCAAGGAUCUUCAGGUGAGAAUCGGUCAUUCCAGAAAGGCAUGCAGGCAUACAGUACUUCUCCUACGGAGGAAAUUGGUUAACCCUGCCACCCCUUUCCCCCCUAUCCCUUUGGACAGCAGAAAUUUCCUCCUUUGGGGGAGUGUGCCACAUCUUUUGUGGAACGACCCAAUACAAACGAUGUGUAUAUUGUGAGUGCAAACACAAACUUAGCUUAAUGACUUUUAAGCCUAUCAUGGCAUAUGGUACAUGUACUGUAAUGGCAGUGUCAUAGUAUGUAAUAUUUUUUGCUUUAUAGGAGGUAGUUCUGUCAUCUGAGCAUGAUGACUUCUACCAAAAGGUAUGUACUGUAUAACAUUUUCAUGGUUGCGCACCUCUAGUGGUAAUUUAGCUUCAUAAGGCCUGGUUCACCCUAGCAAUUCUGUGGUCUGACCCAAACUCAAUUAGGUCUGGCCCAAACAUUUUGUUAGAUGGUUCUCUGAGCCACCAGGCCCAUCAAUAUGCCUGUUUCCUCUGUAGUGGCCGACGGUUCCUUGCAUAAGAAACAUACACUAGAAAACCACAGAAAAAUAACAUAAAUAUUUGCGAAGGACAGGGUCAAUACACCAGCUGUUUUUUAUUUAGAACAAAUAUUUGAACUUUGGUGAGAUUGCCCAGAACAGCAAGGAGUUGAUGGAAGAAUUUCAAAAAACUGUCAAAAGCAGUCAGAAAUUGGACUCAAUUGCCGAUAUGAAGGUUUGUGCUGGAUUUAGGUUCAAAAGGACGGGGGUCUAAUAUCAAAUAUAUAUUUUUUUGUUUAACCCAUUAAGCGCCAGUGCUCUCCCCUUGACAAGUAAAGUCGUCUGGCAUUAGACAGAGUAAAGUAAUAAAGUAGGGCGCAUGCGAGUCAAUGGGUUAAAACAAAAAUAAAAUAUUGUCAAGCAUGAUUACUUGUCAAGCAUGAUUACAGACUAGUGCCUUGUUGCUGCAGCUCCGUUAAGUGAUUAAUAUGUACCUGGUCAAAAUAGUCACUACAUGGAUGUGGCAACAUCCGGCAUUCAGUAAAAAUUUGCCGGAUAUUUACCAGAUAUACUGUACUGGAACCAUCUGUUUUGCAUUAAGAUAUUAUGAAACACAACCAACUAGUCUACUGGACAAUGUGACACAAUAAAAUGAAUUUACAGGUGACACUUUUUUUUGUGAUGUAAACUGCUUUCUGCUUGUAUAUCGUCUGAUGAUCCUUGUGCCACAUAUGUACUAAAAGACAAAUGAAUGGACUUUUUUAUGACAAAAAGUAUCGCAAUGUAUCGUCCAAGUAUUGUACCACCAUCAUUAUCCGGUUCUUGUACCCAGCAGACUACUAUCCGGUAUCUGGCAAAGCAGUAUCCGGCUCAUUUCUGACAUGCACUAACCAAUCUGAAACAAAAUACCCCUAACUGUAACAUUUUCAUUUUGUCUUUUGCCAGGCUUUUGUAGAGAACUACCCCCAAUUUCGUAAGAUGUCAGGUACGGUGACAAAACACGUGACAGUGAUCAGCGAGUUAUCACGUUUGGUGAAUGAAUAUUGUCUUCUGGAUGUCUCAGAACUCGAGCAAGAUUUAGCGGCACAAUCCGACCAUACAUCAGCUCUGCAAGUAAGAACUUAACUUAUGGUUCGUUAAGGAGUUCCACUGUGCUUGAACAUACAAACUGAAAUAAAUUACUUAAAAGCACUGAUCUAGAUCACUGGUUAAAAGCAACUUCUAAUUAGAACGAUUCAUGCCAGUAUAUGUAGUGAGAAUAACGAAAAUUUGAGAACUACCUGUAAAAAUAUAAACAGAACUUCAAUGUUUCAAGCGAUCGAAGGCCCUAGCUUUGUCUGGAAGUUAGUAUAUUUUCAGGUACAGUAGUUAUUUCUCUAGUCUUAAUUUCUAAUUAGCUCUGUCAGGUCUGUCCAAUUUAAUGCACCCUGUUUAAGGGCUUUGACCUCUUCUGAUAUACUACGCAAAUGAGAGGAAACCUAAUAAACUAAAUUAGGUUAACUAGAGACAUUGUCAGAUUUUUUAGUUAACCCAUUAAGCUGCAGAGGAGUAAAAUCGUCUGGCGUUAGACAAGUAAAAAAAUAAGUAGGGCGCAUUGCGGCUCAAUGGAUUAACUAGAGACAUUGUCAGAUUUUUAGUUAACCCAUUAAGCUGCAGAGCUUCCCUAUUGACGAGUAAAAUCGUCUGGCGUUAGAGAAGUAAAAAAAUAAGUGGGGCGCACUGGGAAUUGGGAAUUGCAUGGGUAGCAUUGAUGUAAACAACAUUAGCCAAACUUGCCUGUUAUAUUGCCCAGUAACUCUAAACAGGUCUAGUGAUUCUACAUGUGGAAACCCAACUACAAGUAGACUAAUUUUAUUUAAUACAGUUGAUAGCUCUAUCAGUUCUACUGUAGGUGUUUUUCCUAUACAGUAGUUCACCCAUUGAUUGCCACCAUAGAUAUCUUAUAUACACUAGAUAGCGCAUCUCUUUUAGUGAAAUUGAAGCCAAGAAUAUUCCAGCGGUUACCCCCAUUUGAAUAGAUGGCGGCAAUGUUGGUCGUUCCCACUUGCUAAUAAACGCUUAAAAACAACAAUAACUUUCAUUAUUUGAAUAGUUUAAAAACGUAUUUGGAAUAGGGUUAACUUAAUGUUUAAGUUCCCUGUUUAAGAAAUAGAAAACAUACGAAUCUUCUCAAUUCAUGGGAACCACCUGAAACUGCAAUCACGGCUUCAAUUUUUGAAUUGCAGAAUAAUUAGAUGCACUGUCUAGUGUAUAUAAGAUAUCUAUGAUUGCCACGAACACAGCCUUCUCUAGCUCGUUAUUUUGUUCCAAGUAAUUGGUUCCAAAUUAAUUGAUUUCUAGCGUGUGCGUCGUCUGAUCGAAAAUCCCAAAGUGCGAGAUAUUGACCUCAUGAGAACAGUUUUACUUUAUGCAUUACGCUACGAGAAACAGUCUGACGUCUCAGGGCUGCUGAGUUUGCUGGCGAGACGAGGAAUCAGUGAUUACUACCGCAGGGUGAGUUUGAACAGUCAACUAACUUCAUUUAUUUCAUGACAGCAAUGCCUUCCAACAAUUUCCAAAAAUGUGGAGUAGUUUGAGACAUUUUUUAAUUUUUGAAAAAUAUGCUGCGGUGCCCCCUUUGCUAAACCUAGGGUUGCCUAGGGUUUUAAAAGACGUUUUUUCAGUUGAAAGUAAUUGUUUUGAUGAAAGGAAUGGUUUUCGACAAUUUUCGGAGAGUUUGGAGUAGGUUGAGGCAUUUUGGUUAAUUUUUGAAAAAUUUCCUGUAGACUGAGGAACAUGUUUUUAAAACAUGUUUUUAUCAGUCGAGAGUAAUUGUUUUGAUGAAAGUAUUGGUUUCCGACAAUUUCCAGAAACUUUGGAGGAGGUUGAGGCAAAAAAUUAUGUGGUCACAACAGGCAACCAUAUUCCCUAUUGUCCCACUAUGGGUUUCCACCUAUUUUUCAAAAGCGCAGCUUCUCCCUCAAAACGUUUGAGAGAUGGCUGAAACCCAUUUCUUUCAUGAAAACCAUGAUUUUCAAAAUCAAAGAAAUAUGUUUGGAGAAAAUUUUUGGUCAAAUGUAAGGGGGGAUCACGGGCAACCAUAUUCCCUGAAGAGGUGCAUGGGCGGCACAUGUACUAAUGUCUGUCUAAUGCGUCGUUAUCUAGAUGGUUUCAGCAAUAGUGCAAUAUGGUGGUAAGAAUGUCAGAUCUAGUGACCUCUUUGGACAAAGUAAGACACCAAUGUCGCUAAGCCGCCGUUUGUUCAAAGGACUGAAGGUAUGGUAAGGGGUAUAUGGGUGUGGUACAAUGUAAUUUUUAAUGAUGUGGUAUGGGGUAUUACAAUAUGGCGUGUGGUAUGCUAUGACAUGGUAUGGUGAAUGAUGUAAUGCGUGGAUAUAGUUUUAUAGCAUGGUACAGUAUCAGUAUGGUAUACUAUGGCAUAUUAGUAUGGUAUGGUAUAUGGUUUGAUGUAUGUAGUACUGUGUGUGGCAUGUAUUGUAUGGUGCGUGAAAGCCUGUGAUAGGUUCUAUUAGAAUAUUGUGGGAACCUCUUUCGAUUGAACCAAUGUUAAAGGGUUAUUUACCGUAAUAAUUACCCUAUAUCUUACCUAGAGCUCGAUAACUGUCUCUCUGUAGCUCAGUUGGUUCAUAUAGCGCUGCACCGGAAUCGCAGGUUGGAUUCCUGUCAGGGACCUAAAGUUCCAUUUUUCACAACUGUUCCUGGUUAGGCCUGAAUAAAUGCAUAAAAAUGAAUAUGUAUAGAACUCGACAUUUCCACGUAAUAAGUUGUGCAUUUUGUUUCGUAGGGUGUUGAGAACAUUUACACACAGCACGUACCAUUAAUACAAGAGAUUUUGGACAACCUUAUUAAAGGAAAGUUGAAAGAAGCACAGUUCCCUUACCUUGGGCCUUCACAGCUCAGAGAAAGGUAAAUAUAAAUUAAUAAACCUAUCAUCGUUUGUGUGUACUGGACCACCACGUUUGAGAUAUCUUUUUUCAGGUAGUUCAGACACAAACUACGACAGCUUAUUGUAGAAUACUACCUACACUGGACCAUCACGUUUGAGAUAUCUUUUUCAGGCAGUUCAGACACAAACCACAACAGCUUAUUGUAGAAUACUACCGACACUGGGCCACCACGUUUGAGAUAUCUUUUUCAGGCAGUUCAGACACAAACCACAACAGCUUAUUGUAGAAUACUACCUGCACUGGACCACCACGUUUGAGAUAUCUUUUUCAGGUACUGUAGUUCAGACACAAACCAUGACAGCUUAUUGUAGAAUACUACCUACUGUACACUGGACCACCACGUUUGAGAUAUCUUUUUCAGGUAGAUCAGACACAAACCACGACAGAUUAUUGUAGAAUACUACCUACACUGGACGCCAAAUACGAACAAAUCUUUCAUUUCUUUAGACCUCAAGAUGUUAUCGUAUUCAUGAUUGGUGGAAUCACCUACGAAGAAACGUUAGCUGUUCAUAAUUUAAAUAAAAGUGUUCCAGGAAUUCGGAUUGUGCUUGCAGGCUCCACCAUACAUAACUGUAAGAGGUCAGUGUAAAACCUUUAGCUAAACGUCCAGUAUUACUACAGAGUACCCUAGGAAAACCUUCUUAGUUCCAACCUGGUACCGAGAGCCAAUAGAUUCUUUGACUCUGGGUACGAGAUUUGCUUGGUGCUUGUUAGAGGCAAUAAUGCAAUGACCACUGCGACACCAGCACCUCUGGCAGUUCUGCAUUAAGCAGUGCUAGAGAAAAUAAUUUUCUUCCUGGGAGCAUAACCUGGAAAUAAACUUUCCUGCGAACCAACACCAACUGAGUAUGUUUGUGCUAAAUUUCUGCCUAAACAUAGUGCCUAGCUGACCGUGGUUUUAAAUUCAAGGGAAGAUGUCGGUCAACAAUUAGUUGUUGGGCCCAUUGUGGUACAUGCAGUAUGUGUUAGGAUUUCCUUCAAACUUUGCAAAUAUUCAAUGUGACACUUUUCAGCAGCUGUCUAAUUAACAUUUCAUGCGAGCGGUUAGCGACGAAAACCCAAAGAGUGAGUGGACUAAGUUAUUUCUAUUUUGUCAAUAUUUUAGUUUUCUUGAGGAGGUCGUUAAAGCCACUGGGAUCGCAGGAGAAGAAAAACGAACAAGAAGUACAUCUGGUCAACGUCAUGGUCCAACAACGUUUUAACAACGUUUUAGAUUGAUGUAUAUAGAAAUUGUAUCCUUUAAAUUCCUGGGGCUGUUUGUAUAAAAAAGUGAUUAAAUUUCACUAUGAUUAAUUAAUUAAUAAGUACACUUAUAAGUGCAUUUAGUUAACCAAUCAGAAUUUCUGAAAGUAGAGUUAAACACUUUUUAAUCGCAAAAAAGUGAUUAAAAAGUGAUUAAAAGUUUUAUACAACCAGCCCCUGGGCACAAUUGCCUCAUGAAUUUUGAACUGUAGCAUUUUGCAAAUCAAUGACAAUUUAAUGAAAUAGUUUUAAUUAUUCCCAUUAAGGAUCUCAAACGUGGUCGUCCAGUGUAGAUAUACGAUAGUAUUCUACAAUAAGCUGUCGUGGUUUGUGUCUGAACUACCUGAAAAAUAUAUCUCAAACGUGGUGGUCCAGUGUAGGUAGUAUUCUACAAUAAGCUGUCGUGGUUUGUGUCCGAACCUUUUUGGUGGUUCCGAAUCUACAGCUUAUUAGCGUUUAGGCCCAUUUAGACUCACGAAAGAGAUCUUUAUCAUUAUUUAUAUCAUCCUAACUUUGAUAAUGCAAACGAGAAGUUAAGUUGUAACGAACUGCAGUUUCUUUCAUUGUAUGAAAGUUUUGGCGGUAAAUAAUAGUAUAACGAAUCAAUAGGGGCGACAAACAAUUUAUUAUAAAUAUAUAAAUUAAUUCAACAAGAG